AUGUUACGAACGACAAUUCUGCCUUGUUGGUCUGCAGCCUUUCGGCGAUCCGUUCGAUCUAGCUUUUUGCAGCAUGCUCGACACCAUGCAUAUACCACACAACAAGCUGGCAAAAAUAAAUUCAAAGUGGUAUUCUUUGGAACUGACGACUUUGCAGUCAAGCAUUUGAAGGAACUCAUUCUCGAUAAAGCAAAGCCAAACUCUUGUAUUGCUAGCAUCGAUCUUGUCUGUCCUCCAGAUAGAAAAACUGGCCGAAAGUUGAAGAAUAUUACGCCCAGUCCUACUAAAGGUAUUGCUGAGCUGUACAGUAUCCCUGUUCAUCACACACCGGAGAAUGCAAAAACUCUCGAAGGAUGGAAGUUGCCUGGCAACGGGUAUGAUCUAGGAGUUGUCGUGUCGUUCGGUUACUUUGUGCCAGCCGAUAUCAUCCACGGGCUAAAACACGGAGCAGUCAAUGUUCAUCCAUCGCUUCUCCCUAAAUAUCGCGGUGCAGCGCCUAUCCAACACACCAUUCUAGCAGGCGAUGAUGUAACAGGAGUAACAGUUCAGGAAUUAGACGAUAAAAAGUUUGACGCUGGACGUAUCCUCGCUCAACAAACUAUGGAUCUUAGCCGAGUUAAUGCACCAAAUUAUAGAUUCCUAAAAGAAAAACUUGGUGAUAUGGGACGCAGUCUUCUCAUAAAUACCUUGCAUAAUUUUGACAAGUGUAAAAAAAAUGCUAAAGUACAGGAUCUUUCGCAAGUAUCGUCAGCGCCGAAAAUCAAGAAGGAAUGGUCAGAAAUUGUAUUUGAUGAUAUGAGAGCCUGGCAAAUAGAACAGUUAUAUCGGGCCAUCGGUGAUCAAUACCCGCUUCGUACCACAUUCACCUUCACACGGAUCAAACGAUCAAAAAAGAUCAAACAACGCCAUAUCACCAUGCAGUUACUCAACAUGUUUCUCCCUGACGAUUCGCCUUUGUAUUACAUGGAAAAUGAAGCAGAGCCGGGCACUUUUGUAUAUGAUGAAAAGACAAGCACACUGCACAUCAGCUGUGCCGAUGGUGGUGCUGUUGCAGUAACACAUAUCAAGGCUGAAGGGAGCGAUGUUAUAUCUGCACGAGACUUUAUAAACGGAUACGAAAUUCGAGAUCAAAUGGGACAAUUUGGUUACUUUUCAGAAGAAGACAUCCAUCCGGAAAUGAGUGGCGUUCGAGUUACAAAACGACGUGAAGAAUAUAACAAGACGAUUCGCAGAAGAAUGAAGAUGCGCAAGAAAGAGUUUGAGGAGGUUUAUGGUAAAAAACCUGGACGUGGUCGAUGGUAG